GAAACAGAUAAAACAAAACAUGUGAAGGUACCGCAGAAAAAAGAUGCAUAAGGGAGACAAACCACUAAAAGAGAAAUAUAGAACAAAGAGACGAACUCGUGAUUUAGAUCAGAUCCACAAUGAUAUGAAAAGUCCAGACUCUUUGUUAAAGCAGGACGUUGACCUGGACAAACCAGGGGCUGCACAGUUUUAUUGUUUGACUUGUGCGAUAUAUUUUAUAAAUGACAAAUCCCUGGCAGACCACUUUAAGAGCAAGCCCCACAAAAGAAGGUUGAAGGCACUUGAAACAGAACCCUACACGCAGGAGGAGGCAGACAGGGCUGCAGGGAUGGGAUCGUAUGUUGCACCAAAGAAAGUCACAGUCCUACAGCAGAGUAAACCAAGUACAGAAGAAGACAUGGCGCCUGUAGACACUUGAUGCAUAGAUCUCUACGUGGGGGAGGGGGGCUUGUUAUGCUUGUGUAUAAUGUACUUGUAUAUGAAAAUGUCCUUAAAGUUCAUCCUAUGCUUUUG